AUGAAGCUGGAGGGCGCAGAUGAUAAUGCUGUCCUACAUGAAGUCUCGAGUCAGACCACCGCCAUCCUGUCAGCUGGAGCUGGAGAGACCAGCCACGUCCUGCAGCACUGCCUCCUGGAGCUGGCCGCGCAGCCACAGCUGCAGCAGCGACUGCGCGCUGACAUCGCUUCUGCUCAAGAUCCUGCUGCUCUGCCUCUGCUGGAAGCCGUUGUUAAUGCUGACGUGUUGUAUUUGUGCUCGACAGAGACGCUGCGGCUGCACCCCUCGGAGCCAGUGCUGAGCCGCGAGUGCCGGCAGGCGUGUUCGCUGGGAGGCGAGCGGCUGCAGCCGGGGGACCGCGUCCUGGUGCCCGUCUGGUCGCUCAGCAGGGACUGCGGGCCACACGGCUUCCAGCCAGACACAGGCGUGGAGGCGCCACAGCUCGUCUUCGGCGGGGGACCCAGAAAGUGCGUCGGCUACAGAUUGGGUCUUCUGGCCAUCAGGAUCUUGAUCGUGGAACUGGUGUCUCAGUACCGGUUGUUCCCCGCUGGAAAUGCGAUCGGUCUCAAGAAGCUUGACGACGAGUAG